AUGAUAGCGGACGAAGACGUAGCAAGACAUUUUUUUAUUGAGCGCACUGACCGCAAGAGCUUGUACAUACAGCUCAAGAAACUUGUACAAACCGCGCAAAAUGUAGCGGCGAAGGAGCUGGAUCAACGGCGUCAGAUGAUGCGUCGCAUGCUAGAGCACGAAGAUCAAAUUUACGAAGAAGAGUUUGCCAACAAAGUCAAAUCACGCAUUGACGAGGAUAUAAAAAAACGCAAUAAUAUUUUGCUUAUGAUCAAAGAGGAACGCCAUCGUCAGGAGAAAGUAUUCUUAGAGAAAAAGAAGGUGCAGCAGCAAUUCGAAAGUUGCUAUGAGAUACGCGAAACAUUGCGUAGCAAAGAAACCUUGCAAGUGAAGGAAGCUCAGCUAGAGCAAAUAACUGAGAAAGAGCGCGCACUUAGGCGAGAACGCCAGCUGGAUGACUACUGGUGUCAAGUAGGCGAUGUCAAUGCCCGACGUUAUGAUCAACGGCAAGCUGAUGAGAAUCAAGCGAAAUGUGAUAUACAGCGUAAUAUGCGUUGCACAUUAGAUGAGCAAAUUAAGGAGCACAAGAGAGAGCUUGAACAGAAAUGUGCAUUGAAGCGCCAGGAAGCAGAGGAGCUGGCCAGGGUAAUGGAAGAGCUGCGCUUAGAAGAAUUUGAACGCAGACGUUUAGGCUUGUCGGCAAAAACGAUCAGCUAUCGCAAAGAGUUGCUAAAUAUGAUGGCUGAAAUUAAGGCACGACGCGAGGCGCAGGAAUGCGAGAGCGCUGAAGAACACCGCGCACUGAUAUGUCAAAUAGCAAAGGAGCAGCAAGAAUGGAGCGCAGCGUUGUUACAGCGAAAGCGCGCUGUAUACAAUGCCACAAUAGAAUACCUCGACUAUGUGCGCCGCAUGCGCAAGCUGGAGGAGGAUGCGCAAAAUAUGCGCGAUGCUCGCAUUGACGAUUUGCGGCAUGUGGAUAUCUGCACAAAGAGCAACAUACAAGAGGAGACAAAACGCAAGGCGCAAAUGGCAGCGCUUUGUUAUGCCGAGCUGCGGCGACAAAUUUGCCAAGAAUAUGAGCGGCGUUUGCGUGAAGCGCAGGAACAGCGCGAACAAAAGAUUAUCGAGAACCGCUUUGCGCGGCCAGAGAAGACGCGUGCCGACAUACUGGCAGAACGGCGUAAGAUGCGGCAAGGACUGGAUGAACAGUUGAUUGAAAAUGCGCGCCUACAUUCUGAGGAGGAGGAAAAAUACAAUGCGAGUCUGCAGAUUGCCAUUAAUGAUGCCGAAUAUUGUAGGCAAUUGGCGGAGAAGUACUUGAGUGCGGGCGUUGACUAUUUACCACCACACCCAAAUUGGCUGAUUUACGCAUGUCCGCAAAAAGAUUUUGUCAGCAAAGAGUUAAGGGACCAAGCGGGUGACGAUCAUAAAUCGAAUGAUGCAGAAACUUACGAAAAACAGUGCGCACCGGCAUCGCAUGCGCGCAGCACAAUUGGUCGAGGGUUAAGCGUGGGCCAAGCGCAGAAAGGAAAAA